AUGUUGCUUGAUAAGCGAUUCAAAGCGGAUUGCCAGGCGCUGGGCAUAACAAUUCGUGCACCGCCUUAUUAUCGAUACGAAAGUUUGCUGCGUCAACGACAUGUUCAGUUGCUGGGACGAUCAAUCGAUUUGAACCGUUUGGUAAGUCAGCGGAUCAACGCAGCUAUCCUUCGAGCACUUGACGCUGCAAUCUCGAAAUUUGAAUCCGAAGAAUUAUCUUCUGUUGUUGUAAGUGACAUUCCAGAAAAAAUUUAUUUUCUUGGUGAAACUUAUGGUGGAGACUUUCAGAGAAUAACAAAAUCUGCAAGUUCUGUUAAGAUAGUAGUGAAAAGCUUUUAA